UAGGCUGCGCCGACAUCGAUAAGUGAUCAAAAGCCAGCCAACAUUAUAGGCCUACGGUGACUUGGGCGUCCGGUUAGUCAAUCGUCCACUGAUUAACUUGAAUAUCUUGUCUAAGAAAACUCAGACAGGAUAGUUUACUGUUCAUCUUUCCUUAAGAAGUUGUUUGUCUUCAGUACAGUACAUCAGAUGGCGGGGUUUGCAGCGGAUAGGCAUCAGAAACCUGUUUGAUUCCCUCCACCAGUACCACUCUGCACCCACGCGCACUGGCGGUGGGACGGUUUAGUCAUCUAGCCACAUACAGCCAGCUGCCACGGCCUGUAGUCCUGUGGAGGACAGCUAAGACGAGGCUGUUUGUUGUCGAUGAAUCAUGUCCAGCACUUCAUCACCAUGUAAUUAGUCCUUCGCCUGUUGGUGGUGCACGGUGGGAGAAACAGUGUUGGUGUGUUUGUUGUGACAUGCAGGCGAAGGAGAUCAUAAUUUAGGCCUAGGCCUAAUUAUGAAUUUUCAAUGAAAUAGCCUCUUUGAAAUCUUGAUCAACUCAGAGAAUCACUGUGCCCUGAGAUUGAGAAAUUUUGUCUUUUCUUGUGGGGUGUAGUCACAAGUUGGAUAUGUGACCUUGAACAAGAAGCAGGAAUUUAGUAGCCUGAGUACAAUGUCAACUAUGGCAGCAUUGGAAGAAUUCAUGUCCCACCCGCUCGUUGUAUGGGUGACGACAUUCAAAGAUGGCAGUUUGGAUUAUAUGGAUCUUGUGGAUGGUGUCUUUCUGAAUGAUGUCAUGGCCCAAAUCAAACGAGGACGUGGUGUUACUAGGGGGAAAGUGUUUGUCAGUGACCCAAGACCCAAUGCACUGAAGGUCAACCGUGAGGUCAACGGGGAAGUCAACCUGAGGAUCCAGAAUCUGGACACGCUGAUGAAAAAUAUCAAAGCAUUUUAUCUGGACAUUUUGGACCAGCUGCUGGUGAUGAAGCUACCCAACGUUCUUCUCAUCAGUAAGGACCCCAUGAGCGAGCUGGCCAUCGCCGAGAUGCAGAAACUCCUGUUGCUUUUGCUGGGCUGCGCCGUCCAGUGCAGCCAGAAGGAGAUCUUCAUUGAGCGCAUUAAGCAGUUGGAGAUUGAUGUCCAGCAUGCAAUUGUCGUACACAUCCAGGAGAUCACAGACAAUGCAGAGAAUGUAGUGAGUCUGCAGCUUGGAGAACUGAUAGACCAAGACCAACAGGAGAACUUGUACAAGAACAUGUUCAACCAUGUCAAGAGACUGGUCAUGGAGAGAGAUGAUUAUGCUGAGCCCAUCAUGGAACUCAGCCAGGAGAAAGAACUGUUCCAGGCCACCAUGGAGGGACGGCGGAUCGUCUCCUCGCCGACCAGCCCUGGGCCUGACCGGCGACACAUCACGGUGGAGCUGGCCGAGACCAAGGCCAAGUUGCGACGGACCCGACAGGAGCUGGAGGAGAAGAAUGAGCUGGUGUUGGAGUACAAGGAAGAGAUGGACAAGUACAACUUGACAAUGCAGAAGCUUAGACAAGAGAACUUGGAGCUAUCCCAAGAUGCUCGAUCAGCGCGGUCGUACCGAGAUGAGCUUGACGUGUGGAAGGAGAAGGCAUCCAAGGUGGAGAAGUACGAGAAGGAGAUUGCCAGAUACCGGGAAAAGCUCAACGAGCUAGAAUAUCUCAAGAGAAGAGUUGAGGAGCUCAGAGAGGACAACCAGCUUCUCCACGAGACCCGAGGCCUCCUGGAGGACCAGUUAGAGGCUGCCCAGCACAAGGUAGAGAAGGGGCGGGAAGCGGAGGGGGAGUGCCUGCGACUACGUGCCCAGCUUGAGGCCAUGGAAGACGAGAGGGACUUGGACCGCACCAAGAUCCAGGAGCUGGUGGCCGAGGUGUCCAAGCUGCAGCUGGACCACAAGCAGAGCCUGGACGAGUCAGCUUCACUCGGCGUUGAGCUAGAAAAAGCCAAGCACAGUUUGUCACCACUGGGGAACUCAUUGUCUGCUGAAUGUAAUGAGUCAGCCUCUUCACGCAUCUUGAGACUUGAGCGGGAGAAUCAGCGUCUUCUCCAAGAGAUCGAGAGUCUCAAAGAUGUGGCUUCUCUGCAGAGCAACAGCCAGCUGCUUGAGAUGGAAAAGGAGAACAAGAGACUGAGUCGCAAGGUGGAGAUGCUGCAGCAGACGAGCAAGACGGACAUCCAGAAUUCCCUGGAGCUGGAGCAGGAGAUUAACAGGCUGAAGCGAGAGAAACAGCAGCUGGACGAGACCAUCAACACCGUGAGGGAGAACACUGAGCGUCAGACCAAGGAGUGGUCCAUGGAGAAGGGCCAGCUGGAGGAGACAGUGGAGAAACUGCGAGAGCGCAACAAGAAGGACAUUGACCAGCGAGUCCAGGACGUGGAGAAGGAGAACAAGAAGCUGGUGGAGGAGAUGCGGGAGUCCCAGAUGAAGAUCUCCAAGCUGGAGUAUGGAAGCAAGCAGCUGGAUCGUUGCCAGGAGAAGCUGAAGGAGCACAUGGCCAAAGUGGAAGCCCUGGAGCAGCAGAACACAGAGCUUGACUCGGAGCGGGACAAGCUGAGCAGAAAUGUGCAGACGCUGAAGCUGAUGUGUGAGAAAUUUGACGAGGUGGAAAAGGCCAACUCGGUCCUGGUGAUUGAGAAGCAGCGACUAGAGAAGUCGGUCGAGACGCUGCGGGCAAACUGCCAAAAACUGGAGCAGGUGGAGAGCGAAAAUUUACAGCUGAGGGCGGAGACGCAGAAACUGCACCGAUCCUUAGAGACACUGCAGAAUGCUGUGUCGCGUGCCUCCGAGCUGGAAGCAGAUAAGGAGGAGUUAGACCGGAAGAACAGGCUCCUUCAAAAAUCCCUAGAUGCCCUCAAACCCACGCAGGACAAGGCCACCCACUUGGAGGUGGACAACAUGAAACUGGAGUCAGAGAAGAAAAAGUUGGAAAGCACUGUCCAGCUCACCAAGGGCAAACUGGAAAAACUGGAGAGGGAAAAUCAGGACUUGGAGAGUGAGAUCGAGCAGCUCAAGAAGAAUCUGGAUGCUGCCGGCCUCAUUGCCAAACGGGUAGAAGAGCUUGAAGCUGAACAGAAGACCUCAGAAACUGAGAAGAUGGGCUUGGAGAAGGAGCGCAGUCAGCUGAGCAAGGAGAACAAGAGGCUGAAGCAGUCACUUGAGGCCAGAGAGCGGCUUGUCGACGAGGCCAAUGCACGCGUCCACACCCUGGAUCAAGAGAACAGACAGCUACAGAAGGCCAUCAACAAGAACAAGGAGGCCAGUGAGAAGCUGAAGGAGUUGGAGAAAGACAACAAGGAGUACCUGAAACAGGCCACAAUUGACAAGAAGACUCUUGCAACCUUAAGAGAGGAGUUGGUCAAUGAAAAGAUUAAGGGGCAGCAACUGAGCAACGAUCUGGAGAAACUGAGCACAGAGCUGGACAAGAUUGGACUGGACAAGAACAAACUCCUCCACGAAGAAGUCAGUCUAGAUGAGACACGUUACAAGACUCUCCAGAAUAAGAUGGAGGAUGCCUUCCAGAAGAACUUACAGAUCAAAGAGGAGAGGAUUGUUGCCUUGGAGACCAAAUUGCAAGAAUCAGCGAGUCAGAACCAGAAACUUGCUGAGGAGUUGAAGGGGAGAGGCAUCCAAGAGGCACUGGUUCAGCGGCAGGAAGAGCAAAAGACCAUGUCAAGCCCAGGGGAUGCCAAAGUCAAGAGAACAGACAGCGAUCGUCUGCACUCUAAGCAGAUUAUGCAAAUGAAGGAUCAUCUUGUGGAGGUGGAACGAUCAAAUGCCACCCUCCUUGCUGAGAACAACAGUCUCAAGUCCCAGCUCACCAGUCUACAAAGCCAAGUGGACUCAUUCCGCUCGGAGAACAAGGCUCUGCAGAACAAGGUGGAGUUGGUGCAGGAGAAGCAGAUCUCCAUGCAGUCGCAGCAGGCCAAGCUGCAGGUAGAGAACAGCACGCUGCAGUCACACAACGCCUCGCUGCAGUCACAGUACACUGCCAUGCAGGCCAAGCUGACCUCACACGAGACCGACUACGAUAAGAUGAAGGAGCGGCUGAAUGAGCUGCUGACCAACUACGAGGCACUGCUGGCUGACCACGAGACACUGGUGCAGCUGCAUGACACGCUGAGCAGUGAGUAUGAGGCACUGACUGCCGAGCACAAGUCACUCAAGACAGUGCACAGAGAGAUGAAGAGCGAGAUUGGGGACCUGCGCAACCGUUGCCGGGAUGCGGAGAUGCAGUCCAAGGAGGUGGAACGGUUGCAGACGUCGGUACGGGAGGAGGAGAAGAAACUGAAGAAGAUGCGAACGGACAAUCUGUCCAUGAGCUCUCUGCAGCUUGAGUUCAACUCGCUGUCGCACGCACACGUCAGACUCAACCAAGAGUAUAAGGAAGUCGAGGAAGAACUCAAGAAACUAAAAGCUCAGCACAGGAACCUUCAGUUGGACUAUACCUCCUUACAGGGCUAUCUGAAUGAGAUGAAAGACCAGUGUACAUCAGCGGAGAUGGAAAUAGCAAAGCUCACCCAUCGUUGUGAGAUGCUGAACCAGCUGAACAGCAAGCUGGAAGAGGAGAACCAGAAACUCAUGGAGCAGAUGAGCCAGCUCCUUGCUCAGAACUCAGAGAUGCUGGUGGAGGCCCUGGAAACUAAGGAGUAUCAUCAUGAAGAGCAGCAUGUCUUAGAGGAGCAGUUGCACAACCUCAGGAGGCAAAAAGAAAAACUGGAGGAAAAGAUCAUGGAUCAGUACAGGAAUUUCACUCCUCCCAAAAGAUCCAGGGGGAUAAAUCUGAACUUCAUGAAGAGGAUCUAUAAGCGAGGGCGCUCUACUGACCGAGACCGUCGCAAGAAGACCCAGGAGAUACACCACGAUCCGGCAGAGGGACUAAGCGGGACGGAGAAAGACAGCCUUGGGGAGACAUCCUCAGCUGGCUCAGGGAUCGACUCACUGGAUGGAUCAGGCAACUUGAAGACGGACGAAAGAAGAGGUAGUGAUGACAACCACCAUGUCGUACAAAGGAAGAGAGAGACGUCAGCAAUGCAGGGUCACUAUAGGAAAUCCAUGCCAGCUCAUGUACUGGAAGCUCAUGAAGACUCUAACAUGCCCAGCAAAGGUGGAUACAGUAUGUCGGUGGACGACCUCAGGCGGACUAAAGAAACUCGCAGUCACAGCAUAUCGUCAGUUGAACCGAAGCAGCCACUCUAUACCUCCUCCCUCAAAAAAGUACGUCGACGCAGUAUGUAUGAUUACGACCAACCAGCUGGCCUAUCACCUUUGUCCUACGGACACCGUCACUUCUCCCAAACGUCCUCUGCUGCACCCCCUAAGGAGGCAGAAGAGGAGGAGUUUCCAACAUCCCCCACCUGCCAAUCCCCCACAGCUCCACCCCCUCAGCCCUUCCCCCAACAAUCUUCUGCCUCCCCUAACCAACCCACUGGUUCGUCACCUCGUCCUGGGGAUGUAGACAACACAAGCUGUGAUGAGGACUCACAAGCGUUGCGCGAUUCACCAAAGGGAUCCCCGCGGGACGGACUACCCCCGUCAGGCCGAUCGGCCAAGAAACGCGGGGCCAUGCUAUCUCGCAUCAAGAGCCGUUCCCGCGAGAUUCUGGACGACAUGAAGGUGUACGGCUCCACACCCAACCUGGCCCGGGACUUCUCCUUCACCGAGGAGGACUCGCCUCGCUCGGUAGAUGCCGACAGCCCCCGCAGCGACAAAUACAACAGGAAUGCUAACGGUGAGGAGGGUGUUAAAGUGCCAUUGCCCGAUGCAGUCCCCUCAUCUCCGCCUGACAAGAGGGAAACAGAGGACGUGAUCACGCCCAUGCGACAAACUGGUGACAUGAAAAGUGCCCCGCCCCCAGCAUUAGAAAGAAGGCACGCUCAGCCAGUAGGCUCUGAACGCAGUAGGCAACACCGAUACAGCAUGCCUGAACCCCCCAAACUGGUGGCGUUGGCUCAGGAGUACGGCCAGUCUCCACCCACUCCACUCACAACAGCCAAUAGUAAAGGAGCGCCCCUCGCCUCACCUGUGUAUUCAGCCAGACCCUUCCAAGGUAGAACGGAAACUGCAGCCGAACCUUCGCCCUUGCCCCCUCCGAGGAGCACCAGCUCCCACAAAAUUCACAAGCCCAAGGCCCAGUAUGCCACUGAGAGUUCCCCGGCCACCUUGUCGCGAGAGGGUUCCAAAAAGGAGUACACCCCCGAGCACCAUGGGCGAGCAGGCAAGCCCAUCACCAGCACCUCAGACUCUAGAUACCAAUCCAGCAGCUCCCGCUCCACAGAAGUCAAAACGAACAAACCCCCCACAGCAGUGGUCUCGCCCAAUUCCAACAGUAAUUCCAAUAGCGCUUCCCUGGGCUGGGCCAUACCAUCCUUCGAUAAAGAGGAGACCAGGGAUCGAUCGGUUUCAGAGCCAGCCAAAGCCAAGACGGGGACGCCAACAAAAACUGAGCAGGGCCCAGGGCAAGAAGAAGGUCAGAAUGGAGAGAACAAAGGCGCAAAGAAGAAGUCCUCGGUGUGGUAUGAGUAUGGCUGUGUUUAGGCCUUAAAAAAAUGUAAAUAGUUAAAGUCUUCUUAAGACAAAUCAUACAUCUCAUGCAAUACAGUGUUAGAAAAAUUAUGAGCCAGUUUGUUGAAUCCACAGCUGUGUCUUUGUGUCAUUCUAGAUUGUCGUCAUUAGCUCUCUGGUGUUGCAUUGACUUCAAACACUACAUGUAAUUUUCAUGGUCGUAACCAUGAUCAUCAUCUGUGUAAAACAAAUAAGACUUGUGCUCUCUCCAGAAAAUUCUCUGCUGAAUUUGGCAAAUUUUGCCUGGCCAGCACACGUACAAGUCGCACUGAUAUACUUUGGAUCGUAAGCAUGAGUGUGACUACCAUAGAUGUAACUCCUUAAGGAGUCCCAUCAUUGCAGACUCGUCAGUCACAUUUUGUGACAAAUUUUGAUAAUUCACACAAUCAAGAGAUUAGUCAACAGUGUAGGAGGUGUUAUGCAGUAUACCCACAUGCAUCCCUGUUACUCAGUGCAGCUUCUGAAUGAAGCCAAGUUCUACAGCCAGUAUCAAGUGAUCCUUCUGGAACCAGUUUGACCUUUGAGCAUUUUUCAGUGCAUGAAUGCAGCAAAUCAAAGUAGACAGCCCAUGUCAGUUGUGGCCAGAUAGCUAGUGAUGAUGGAUGUGUUCUGCAGGAUCAGCUAUGUUCUCUAGACAUUUCCCUGCUGGGUUGCUCUUCUUUGUGAAGUGGAAUGUUGUCAUUAGAAGAGGAAACAGAAAAUUUGGAGCAAGGUCGCCAGAUGUCAGUACAAGAUUGACAAAUGAUGUACAUUUCUUGAUGAAGUAUAAAACCAUAUGGGGGGUUAACAAACUACCUUUUGUUUCUGUUGUUGGGUCUCAGCUUUGUUGUGAAUGGUGUUUAUUAAUGCUUUGAUGUGCUUGCCUAUCUUUGAGCACCCUGCAUGCACAUUUGUCUUUCCAUUUGACAGGUCUAGUUACCACAGACAUCAUCAUAAUCGUGUGUACUUUUGAAUACAGAAGAAUCGGUCAUUUUUCAAAUCUUAAGACUCUGGCGGCCUUAUGUGGAAGUUUUCUUGGUUCCUUUACUGGCGUUUAAAUCUCAAAUCCUGUUUAUCAUGAUCAAUUGAUAUUAACUACAAUGUUUUUAAUAUGCGGAAUCUGAAAUUCAGUGGUAAAAGUGUGUCUCAUUGGUGCUUUGUUUAAUGAACAAUAAUGUACCGGUAUUGUGAGGAAGCUGGCACUGUAAACAAAUGGAAUGCUUAGUUUUUAAUGUGAAGCAGUCUCAAGUUCCUAAUGUCGAACUGUCAAAAUGUAUCAGUGGAUGUGUGUCUUUGUACCUUGAAAUGCCAAACAAGAUUUCAGACAACAAAGCUCUAUUUAAUAAUUCCUGUGUUUUUCAUGACGGAUCUUUGAGUUCCAUUGUCCCUCUGUAUAUAAUACCAUGGUUCCUUUUCAAAAGGUUUUGGGUGAAUGUGAAUCCUGAUAAACAUGUGUGCCAACUGACUUUUGUACAAUAAAACUUACACCGUACAUGUAUAUCUCUGUGCCUCCCAAAUCGGGCUUCAAAAUUCUCUCUCUUUAAACUGGCAAUGUUGAAUUCAUCAUCAUUUUUCAGCGAAAGGGUGUUUUACUUUUCAUAUAGAUUUAUAGUCUACUGUGUCAGAAAGAUACUGUCUUUUGCUUUUGUCAACAUUGGAACGACAUUGUAAGGGCGCAAAUCAGCCAGCUGAGGAGUUUUAAUUGAGCUGGGAAUUUUUCGGACUUAACAAUGCUUUCAUGACCUAUCUUCUCUUAAUGGUUCUGUGUUGUGGUUUAAAAUAAUCUGAUGAAACAAGGUCAGUUGUCACAACCCAUUUGACAUUCUACAUGAUGUGUUAUGGCAUGUGCCCUUCGGGUCAGUUGAAGCCUAUGCCAACUCGUGGUGGCAGCAUUCAAAUAGCUUUCCAAUCAGAUAGUGUAUGUGGGCCCUUGCCGUGACCGUUGGCAGUUGGAGCCUUUGCUACCUCUUGGUUGCAGCACUGUCUUUUUGUUACAAGGGGUUGAUACCAACCCCUUAUCACACCCUCCCCCUAGUUUUCAUACACAUUGAGUGGUUUUGUUGGAGGUGAAGUCCACCCUGCAACAAAACCUGUAACUUGGGUAGUACUUCAUCCUAAAAGCAGCUUGGUAAAUGACUGGCUCAGUGGGUUGCAGUAAUGCAGUAAAUAUUUUUCAAUGUGUAUGGCAUAAAGCAGUUUAUUUCAGGGAUAAGGUAGCAUUUAGAUUGCCACUGGACACAAUGCCCAAAACAACAGCAAAAUGAUUGGUACAUUUCCUGCUAUCAAAAGUUGGGCAAGUCUUCCACUGCAGGAGUGGAGUCUUCCUAUACAUUUUGCAAAACCAAACCAAAAAAUAAUGUUUACCGUCCAAAUGCUGGAUUUGAGGGGAACUCAUGAGUCGUCGUGCCCACUAGGCUGUGUAAGAUACCAUAUGCGACUUCCCUCAAAACUGAGCAGAUGUAGGUAACUUUGAUUUUGAAGACCAAUAUUGAGUAAGCUUUGGAAGUCAUAGACUAUGCCCUGUUGAUGUAACAUAUUGGUAACACCUUUGUUACUAAAUUUCUCUGAGGUGUAUAAAAACUAUGGGCCAUUGUCAGAUUUCAGGUAGACAGGUUUUAAGGCUGGUAAAUUUAGCCUGAUUUAAUUUUGUAACUGAAAUAAUCUUUGUGAUCCAACAUGUGAGAAAAUAUACAGUAUUGUGACCUAGAAACUGGAAAUAAACAUGGAUCCCUUUUCACUUUUUUGUACUUAAAAUGAAGCAUUUUGAAGAUCAAAGGGGUAAAAUCAAUUUUCCCACUUCUCUUGGCAAGAACACGGUCUUGAACAACUGAGUUUAAAAAUUGGGCUGUUUUUUAAGUUGCCAUAUUGAAUGGGGCAGGUUGUUCAUAAACCAGUGUAUGUGAGCUAAAAGUGAAUAACAUGGCGUCCAACAAAAGCACCCAUGAUCUAUGCACCUGAUAGUGCGUGCAGUCAAAACAAACACUGCCCAGAAUGUUAUGAAUCUAAUACUGACAUAAAUUGAUGGGUCAAUCAAGGAUUGUCCAUAUAAAUACGGGUUGUUCAUUUCAGUCGAUGCUCAGUGAAGGAAUCCUGACACAAGCUUUGUUGCAAAAGUGAUUAACCAGUUGUGGAAAUUUUAAUGUAAAUACAUGUACAUUUCAGGUGAAAAUAGUGUUUCAUUUGUCUUAAUUUCUGCAGUUAUGUUUUAUUUCUGUGCAUUUAAAAAUCUGUUCAUUUCUGGGGUUUUUAACUGAAGGAGAUCAGACAAAGACUGGAAAAUCUUAGCGGGCUGUCAGUCUAGUUUCCACAUUGUGAUAAUUGCUGACAGCGUCACAAGCAAGAACAGUGUUGGAAGGGACAGUGGGUGUGAUGUCAUUUGACUCGAAACUUAAACAAAAUGGUGUCUGAAACUCAAAAAAGAUUUCGCAUGGUUUCCCUUUUUUGGGUUGUUACAUCACUUCUUGAAAGCAAACUAAUGCUCAAGAUUGAUGCGUUUCAUUAAUGGCUAAUUGCUGUGACAACUAGGGGCUCAGUUUUUAGUUACAAGGAGAAAAUAGGCCAAACAUUUGGUUCUCAAGUGAGAGAGACAUCGUUAUGCAUCAGUCAUGCCAGUAUACAUGUUUGUGUCUACCUACUUUGUGACAGCUAGAUUCAGAUAGGCAGGAAAGUUUAACAUGAUCAAACUUAUGAAUUAAAACGGUUCCAUGUUUAUACGUCAUCGGGGACUGUUUGGUGAUGCUGUUUGUCUCUUUACAUCGAUAUGUAUACUACAGGCUUUACUGAAAAAUAAUGCUCCCUACCUCUCAACCACCGAGCUUGCCAGCAGUUGUUGGCUGAUACAGACUUCUUCACAUCAUACAUACAAUCCCCAACUCUGGUACAAUUUGACUUUGAAGCAUUAACAGUGGCCUGCAUUAAUUAACACUUCCAACCACUUCUUUUUCCCUAAUCAGACUGAACAGGAAUUGUUUUCCAAAUAACAAAAACUAUUGAUAACAGUUCACAGCCUUUUCUUGAUUCAGCAACAAAUCUGAUCAAUUUCAUGGAAAAGGUAGUUUUGUUGUCCUGCAGCCUGUUCUUUUUUGUGUUUGUUUAGUUUGUGUACUUUGUGCAAAGAUUCUGUGUUAACACUUUACAAGGGUUUAAUUCUUCAGUAGUACACCAAUUUGGCAGCAGUCAAACUAUUGCUUACAAACUGCAAAAAAAGUGCAUGUAAUCUCUUAUGCAGCUGGGAAGUGUCCAAAUCACUUGUCAUUGGCUAUGGAUGGUCGCAGUGGUGCAAAAAACUCAAACUGUAGCCAAGGUCAUAGCCAAAAGUGCUUGAUUUGGACACACGGCUAUACAUCUGGCUGUGGUGUGUCAGUGUUAAAACUAUAGCCAGCAGGCGUAGCAGCUGGUAGAAAUUGCUUCACGUUCACAGAUAUUUCAAGUCGUCACCCAGUGUGGUCACGCAGCAUAAUAUGGCACCUAAUUUGACAUGUUCCCCCAGCACACUGUCGGUUUUCCCUCCAGCACCUUGCCCGAGUCAUAGUUUUUCCCCAAAGGGAACAAGUUGUAACAAAAUCGGUGCAACCCAAAUUUUUAUACAGUCCAAAGAAGUUGGGCAAGAAAACCUGAGAAGUCAGCAGGAAAAUCCAAGUGCACCACAUUUAGGGAUGACUUGUAAAAGUUGUAAGUUCCAAUAAAGGGCAAGUAGAUUUUUAAACUGCUAAAAGUAGACUAUAGAGUGCAUUAUCUAGCACAGGCACAGUGACACUUCAUUUACUGAGCAAAGAAAACUUACUUGGUUGAAGAUGAUUGGCCAAAAUAUCUAAUAAUGCACAGUGUCCAAAAAACAGCUGUUUGCUGGUUUGUGCUUAUGUACACUUCAUUCAGAUGUUUGUCAAGACUUGCCAUCCCGCCGAUGGGUGUCUCUUUUUGGAACAAUAUUUUGUUAUCUAUGUAAACCCUCCUUUCUUUGAGAGGAACCAAAAAUGCCAUUUCCCCCGAGAUCCCUAAGCAGCAGCUUUCUUGGAUCAAGUGUCAUGUCUGCUUGAGUUAGAAUGCUUAGUUUGUGGACCACACUCAGUUGAAGCUGUCAUUUGCGCACAGUAUCAUUCUAGCAAGCUUUCGUCAGAUCCCACUGCAUUGCCCAUUAUUGGCAAUGGGAGUCAGCAGACCACAAAACAUGGUAAAACAACUGAUAAAGUGCCUCUUUCAUUCCAAAGGUGAACCACAUUACCAUUCUUCUAAAAAUAUUCUGCAGUUUAAUUCUCACGGUGGACUCACUCAGUCCUCGGUUACCUUGGGAAGUCAUGGAUCAUGAGUUUGUUUUUAGCAUUAUUUUGUACUUGUGAGUUUAGAGGGAAUGUAACACAAACCCGCCACAUUCACCUUUUUAUCAAUUCCACAUGAGUGUUACCUCCUUAGGCACUGAUGCUGGCUCUGGCACAUCACUUAACUAUGUCACCACUCUUAAAUGCAAAUAAAACCAUGGCAAUUGUGUAUGAUUGUGUCUUUUUAUUUCUAAAGAUGUUUUUAAAAGAAAUAAUUUUGUUUGUCUAAGAAGAGGGUCUGUAAACUUUUAAAGUUAAUUUGAAAUUAAGUUAUCAUUUGAAGCUUGACAUAUCACGAUCUUGUUACUUUUAAACCAUGUGGACUGUCACAAAGGAUUGUUAUUUUCCAGUCUUAUUGUUACAGCUUCUGUUUCUACAUUGACUGCUGAAAAUCUAU